CAGAACACGAAGGACUUGGGCCUGUCCACGGUGGGGGAGACUCGCGCCUCUGCUUGAGGCAGAUUUGCGCGUGGAGCAAUUCAAUGAGGGAAAUCUUGCACUGGAGCAGUGGAGCACUGGUCGAACGAGUCGGAAAUUAACCGGGGCCAAGAGCGCGACGUUUUCUCGCACGUUCUGUCAUUCGAAUUGUUAUCAGAGCAGAUUCUGUCAGAAAAUCCAAGUUUUGGAGCGUCUGCGAAAAGGAGCCGAAAGCGGAGUAGGCAAAGUGCUAGCCUUUGGUGUUUCACGUGCAGUUUCAUUUAUAAUAUCGCGUGAAUCCGGCCAGGGGCCUUCCAACUGGAUAGAAACGCAUUUUUGCGAGUUUUGUGCAGUGCAGUCUCGAGUGCGAACUUCCCAGAUGAGUUGAUGAGAAUCUCGUCUCCUCGUGAAUGUUGCAACCAUCCCGCUUUGCCCCGCCGCGACUAGAUAGCUCUUUCUCAAUUUUCAUCCCCUAGCGGUGUCCCUAUUUUUUCCAAAAUAAUUUUUGUGUGUUCAGAAAUUAAGUUUGUUGAGUAAAUAGUCGAAAAGUAAUAAAGGAAUUUGGGCUUACCGUGGCUGGUGUGUCAGACAAGCGAAAAUCCUGUGGAAACAUUAGUGGAGAAGUGGUGCAAGGACGCACCGGAGAUAGUGUGAGCAACGCAUUUGAAAGUCAUCCUGCGUGGAUUUGGAAGCUCUCUCUGACAGCAGGCGCGACAACGACACCUGAAAAUGUCCAACGACAGCAACUUUAUCAUCUUCCCAAAAAUCGCGGACUGUUCGUAUGUCUCGUGCUACUGUGAGGAAAACGUUUGGAAAUUGUGCGAACAAGUCAAAAAGACACGACCCGAAGAAUUACCAAAGUGCUAUGCAGUUUUUGUAUCAAACGAAGGACGAACAGUGCCUCUAUGGAGACAGAAAGCUGGUCGGGGAGACGAUCAAGUGGUAAUAUGGGACUAUCAUGUAUUUUUCAUGCAUAAUCCGUCGCCGAAUCGAUGCUUGGUAUUCGACUUAGACACAACAUUACCCUUUCCAACGUACUUUCACAAAUACGUCACGGAGACGUUUCGAUCGGAUUUAGCGCUUAGACCAGAACAUCACAGAUUCUUUAGAGUAAUACCAGCGGAAACAUAUCUAGCGGAAUUUGCGUCAGAUCGAAGGCACAUGCGAAGACCAGACGGUACAUGGAUUAAACCGCCGCCAUCAUAUCCACCAAUCCAGACUAGUAGUAGUGUACAUAGUUUAGGUGACUUCAUAUGCAUGACAGCGGGCAAAGGACCUGGCACUGUAUAUAGUUUAUCAGAAUUUGUUCAAAAAUUUUACAAAUUGCCUAAUGUUACGGCGCAACAACAAAACAUUAAAUAAAAUCUACUUAGAAUUAACUAUCUCUUUCACUAUUUACCAUAAAACGCUAUCAAUUUAUUGAAAAUAAAUAAAUUCAUUAAUUUUACAAUAAUAAAUAACAACAAAACUAAAUAAAGUAAAUUACGUGUUUUUUCUACAAACUACUUGAACAAGAGAACAUUUAAACAUAACAAUUUUUAUCAAGGAAACAGAAUAACAAGAAUAAUUAUAAAAUUAAGCAAAAAAGUGAUGAUUUAUAUUAAAGUAAAGAAAAAAUAACGGCAGAGUUAAUUAAUAAUAAACCAAGGAAAACUGAUGAUAGUAAAAAUUUACAAAAAAAAAUGGAAAUAAAACAAUGAAACGAAGAAAUACGAUCGCCAGAGGUGAAUGAAAACUAUUUUUAAAUUACAUUUUUAAGAGAAUGAAUUUUUAAAUGGAUGAUAGUGAAUAACUAGAUACAUUGAUUUUUUAUAUAUAAAAUGCAUUAAAAUAUCUGCAAUGUAUUCAAUUCUAUUGUCUCUAAGAUUCUAAAAUAUUUUUAAUGAAACCAAAUACUAUAAUUAUUGAAGAUAUAUUGUUGCAAAUCUUUCGGGAUGAUUUCCAUGUUUGUGAUUGUUUUCCCUUUCAAAACAUAUUCUAAUCUCUAAAAACAUAUAUUUAUAUUGAACAUGUUUAUUAACGGGUGCAUAUUUUCUAAAUAAUUUUUAAUAUAUACAUAAAUAUAUUUAUAAACACUAGUUAUCUUCCAAAUUUUAUACUUUACCAUUUUAUUCUUAGUGCUCGGCAAAACUUUGAACACGCAAAAUUGAUAAAAAAAAAUGUUUUUAAAAAUGUUAUUCCGAGAAUGCAAGUCCUUUGGAUUGGUUCGCCCAAACCGUCGAUAUUCUAGUGUUAUUGAUGCAAGUUUUCAGAGUACCGCAACAGGAAGAAAUGCGAAUUGUUGGUAAAAGUUUAAUGAAACUAAAGAUGAAAAUCAAAUAACAACAACAACACCCAGUAGCUAUUGUGAUGAUAACAUUUUUUAAGGAAAUAAAAGUUGAACAUUUUCAAGUACUAUUUAAAAAUAUAUCUUAACAUAUUUGAUUAUCAAAAAGAGAAAAUAUAUUGAUCAUAAGUAAAUUUUUAAUAAGAAAAUAUAUAUUUAACUACAUUGAUAGGAACGUGCGAAAUUUCGUUAAAUCAAAUUAUACGAGGUUUAGUUGAAUUGGCCUAUUUUUGCGAAGUUCACACCAACCGCGCUACAAAUAGAUGUGAAAACUCUUCAAUUAACACGGUGCACUCGAAUUUAUAUUAGUUAAUUCAAUUGAACUAUGUGAAUCCAUAAAUAAUGAUAUUACAAUUUUGGAGUUAUUUUCCUCUCCUCAUAUAUAAAGUAAGUGAAUUUCGCUUGUGUUGUUGCUAUUUAUUGCAAUGAAAUGCUAGAUAAACAUUAAACGAAGUGAAAUAAGAUUAACGUACGCCUUAAGAGACUAUAUCGAUUAAUAUUUCUAAAAGUCAGAAGAAAAUUGAAAUUGCCUACGUACAUACAAGCGCAAAAUAUUUAGAAUCAAAUGAAAUUAUUUUCAACAUUUCAGUUGCUUUUCUGUCCGCGCUUCCCUUGGAAUUUCUAAUUGGUAAUUUAACUGGCCCUAACCAUAAAUCCAUAGUAUUCAAUGCUCGUCUUAUCUUUUAGCCUUUGUCCUAUUCCGUAGCGGUUUUUGCUUGUUUAAAUCGGGCCCGCCAUUUCUCUAAAUUGGGUCCAGGUGGGUUUGGUUCUCAAAUUUCCAUUCCUUAACAAUCAUUAUAUGCACAAUGACUACCAACUAAACACCUCCCUGUCAUCAGAGAACUAGCCUGGAACCGUUUGACACAUUACUUCGGGCUAGCCCUCCCGCUCUCCCGGCUUUGGGAGCCUUCAAGUCA